CCAAAUGAAGUCCCUUUUAUAUCAUAUUUUAGACCCACAAAGAAAAACUUAUAUCGUGUUGCCCCCGUUUCUAAGAGACAGACCUUAAACCCUUGCACUUUCUCUAGCUCACCUAAAGCCUUCGAAGGUUGUUAACGGAAGCACCAACCUCUUUCGUUUAUCAGACAUGCGUUUUCCUCAUCACAGCCCUCUCCAGAAACUCUUCAACUCAAAAGUUCCCAGGGGUUCCAAACAAUUUCUCGAAUCCACACCUUUCACAGUACUACCAAAAACCCCUUCUUCACCCACCAAUAGACUCCUCUUCUCUCCUCUCCCUUCAAAACCCACCUCCAAGAUUCACCCUUUAGCUCUCAGAACUUCUUGGAUUUCAUCUGACUCUCAUGUCAGUAUUCCUCAACCAGUGUAUUUGGAGAACCCAAAAGAUCAAGGGUUCGAUUCGGUUCAAAUGGGGGUUAUGAGGCGGAAGCUGGAGGAGUUUGGAUUUGAUAAUGAUUUUUGUGAACCUGGGGAGUAUAGCUUACUUUGUCCUGAGUGCAAAGGUGGGGAUUCCAGCGAGAAGAGCGUAGCCCUUUUGAUCUCUCCAAAUUGGAGUUCAGCAGUUUGGAAUUGUUUUGGGGCAAAUUGUGGAUGGAAGGGUAGUAUACGGGCCUUUGCAGAUGGUAAGUCAACCUAUGGAAGCAUGAAUCAGAUCCCAAAGAUUAAGCACAAGAGAGAAAUUACAGAAAAGAGUUUGGAGUUGGAACCGCUGCGUGAUGAGGUUGUGGAAAUGAAGAAAUCAAAUAAAGAUAUGAAUGUGGAUGAAAUUAAGAACAAUGCAGUAAAAUGGACUGAAGAAAUGGAUGACGUAUUAUUUGAUGCACUACUGGAGCAACAAGAAAAUGGGAAUAUAGUUGAUGGAACUUUGUAUUCUGUUGCAUAUUUAAAUGCUAUGAAGAUAUGCUCUCAAAAACUUGCCUAUCCGUUUACUAAACGUCAGUUGAAAAAUCGUAUUUAUUAUUUGAAAACGAAAUUUAACACAUGUUUUGAAUUAUUCAAAAAUUUAAGUGGGAUAUCAUGGAGUCCAGAAACAAAAUUGUUUGAGGCUGAGCCAGAAGUAUGGAAGGCCCUCAUAGAGGAGAAACCAUCAGCUUCAAAAUGGAGGCAUACCAAAAUAAACCAUUAUGGUAAGUUGUAUGAACUUUUUGCAAAAGAUAGAGCUAAUGGUCAAGGUUUUGUUAGUGCAAAGGAAAAAGUUCUCAAAUGGGCAAUGGAUACUGGCACCUCAACUGGUUGUAAUUUAGACAACUAUGAGUCAAAUUCAGAGUGUGGGGAGUCUUCAAAAGGUACAAAAAGAAAUGAUCUAAUGGUUGAUUUAUUUGGGAAAGAGAUUGAAGUCAUUGAAUCUGGAAUUAACAAGGUAGCUGAGGCAAUUGAAAAAAGAAAUCUUGUUGCUGAGAGGGGACUCGAAAUUGCAGCAAAGAUAGUUGCAAUAGCUGAGAAAGCACGAGCUGAUUAUCAUUCAGACGAAGAAGUAUUUGCGGAACUGAUAAACAUUGGAGUUCCUGAUUGUAUUCAGUCGGAUGCAUUUUCGUUCCUUCUCAAAUGUUCUCAGCACAAAAGCGCAUUUUUUGGUGUUCCAUUUGACCGGCGUUUGGAAUUGCUAAAUAAGAUGAUGCACGGAGAAAAUGACCCUUGAAGAGUCACUAAUUAUUUGUUAUCCUAUUCAUUAAUCUCAGGAUUGAACCAACUCGGACUUUUUUACCAGUGAAAUGUUUGGAAGACAUCCAUUCAUAUGUACACAACACCUAUUAGUAGUGAAGCGCAGGGACUCGAACACGGGCACCUGAUCGGAGAGAUGGGUGCUCUACCAACUAGGCCACUGGGUAAUGUCCUCGUAAGCAAGUGAACUUGAUAAAUUAUAAUCCGUACAUUAGUGAAAAAUAUCUGUACAGCUUGCUGGUUUGGAGAUCUUCUGUGGCUUGUUAAAUUGCAGCUGAGUGGUUGUUGCCGAGAUCAGUUCUUAGGCAGAGAUGUGGUAGCAUGCUAGAAGUGUUUGUAAUAUAUGCUUUGGGGUGUUAAUGUUAUUCCCAGCUGUGGUGCGUAUCUUGUUUGGGUUUUGGAUGCUACAGUUGGGUGUUAUUUUUGUAGCUUCUGUGAUGAUCACUCCUUUUGUGAACUUAAAUAAUUAAAGGAAGUUGGGGAAAAGAAGGUGAAUGAAAAUGGUAUGUUAGCUCUAUAUGGCUACUCGGGUGGGCUCACCUGGAUGUCUCCAGGCCUGAGAUUUGGGGUGAUAAUGGAUCAAGGACUGAAUCUGGUUCUGAUACCAACUUUAAUAGGUGGCCGUUUAUCUAUUUAUUCAAAAAUUUAAGUUAUUGGGUUGUGCUGCAUACCCACUCAUUUAUACUCAUUUUACUUUCCAUCCGGAUCCGAUGUAGAACAACUACCCUUUGUUGUGGAGGCAAAUCUGUUGUUAAUAAAAUUCUUUAUAUUUCUUUCAA